CGCCGACGUCUUGACGAAUCCGAUAUCGUUUUAACGAUGAGUCGAAUACCCAGUUUUCGACACACAAUCAGCGAUCAACUCGUCGCGGCAUAAAUCCGCUCUAAAAAUUCGAUGCUCCAAGGUUCUAAAGCGGGAAUGUGCGCGACUCGAGGGACACAGAGGCUCCCCGGAAUUUAGACGUGGACAUAGAGGGAAUCUGGAACGUGUGCCUCCGGAUUUCAGAAAAUUGGCCUAAGGUUGAGAGUCUCGAUAUUCGAAACUCCCUGAAACAUUUACGCCGAAAACAAACAUGCUGCGGUUUAUGCAGAUUGGUGCACAUCCAGCAGGUUCGAAUCGCUCGUCGAGCUGCAUAAGACAAAUUCUCGCUCUCAUGGCAUCGAGGAAACUCGCUGCUGUUCUUGGAGCGAUUCUGCAUCUUUCCCUGUGCCAAAAUUCGCCGGAAGUGAAACCAGAGUUUCUGGCCCCGUUGGAGAACCACACGGUAACACAAGGCCGGGACGUAUCGUUCACCUGUGUCGUGAAUCACCUUCAAUCUUACAAGGUCGCCUGGAUCAAGUCGGACUCGAGAGCCAUCCUGGCAAUCCACACGCAUAUGGUCGCCCAUAAUCCACGAAUAUCUGUUACGCACAACGGUCAUAACACUUGGAAGCUUCAUGUGGCGAAUGUUCAGAAAAACGACUCGGGGACGUACAUGUGCCAGGUGAACACGGACCCGAUGCGAAGCCAGAACGGUUACAUGGAGGUAGUAAUCCCACCCGACAUUAAGGACGACGCCUCUGCCGACGGCCUUGUCGCCAAGGAAGGCGGGAAUAUUAGACUGCGAUGUCAGGCGACCGGAACUCCGAUGCCCAACGUUACGUGGCGCCGAGAGGACGGCCGGAACAUAAUCCUGCGACACGACAAUCAGAAGGAAGCACUCAAGUACCACGACGGCGAAAUACUCGAGCUAACCGGCGUUCUCCGACAAGAAAUGGGAUCCUAUCUCUGCAUCGCCAGCAACGGCGUUCCUCCGAGUGUCAGCAAGCGAUAUUCCAUCGAUGUGAAUUUCCAACCGCUAAUCAAGGUCCACACUCAGCUCGUGGCUGCGCCUCUUCAGAGCGACGUGUUGCUUCAAUGUUCCGUCGAAGCCUCGCCCCGAGCCAUGAACACAUGGUACAAAGACACAGGUGAGAAAUUGCUACCCAACGAGAAAUACAAGAUGGAGGAAGCGUCGGUGAACGACUACUCGUGGCAGAUGAAUCUGACGAUUCGUUCUCUGGAACAAAGGGACCUUGGUAGCUACGUUUGUUCGGCGGCGAACGCGCUUGGAAAUGCCGAGGGGGUGGUAAGGCUGCAGGAAUUAAAUUUGCCGAAAACGACGCCGGUGAGUUUGACGAGGAACACGGAUCCUCGACCGCGAAAAAAACCGCCAAGGACCAAGAAAAAAAAUGGAAAAAUGUACGCCGGCCGGGCCGAGGGCGAUGAUGGAUUCGCGGGUAACGACGACGACCUCGCGACGACCCAGAGGAUGGGCGGAAGCGGAAGCACGCAGGACGGUCAUCGCACCGAGGAACCUCUGACGGUGCCUUCCCUCUCGCCACCCUGGGUGAUCCUGAACACGGCGAGCAGGAAGCGGUUCUUUGGCCUGCAGAAGGCGACGCUGCUGCUUUUCCUGCUCUUCGUUACAGCGGUGUACAAGUGAAGGAUUACGCGUUCCUUGCUUUGCGCACAAAAUGCAUUCGCCGCGCGUCGUCAGAUUCGUAUUAUUUAUACCGUCGUUAACAUGUGUUAUGAUUGCUGUUUGUACAUCGUUAUCAAUUAUACUGUAAUGUUGUAAAUACCAAUGGUCGAUACUUUUUCUUACAACGAUAUUCGCGAGGGAGGUGAAUUUAAGGGUGAUAUAUUGCCGGACGAAAGGUCAAACAAUUACCGCGAGUAAAAAAUUAAGGACGAUACUCGGGUAAUUAUUAACCCGGAUUUAACGUGAUCAAGGUCAUUCAGCUCUGACGAUUAUCAGUUAUCAAAAUCAUCCGCAGCACAGGCCUCGACGAGGGUUGAUAUUGCCUAUUAUCGUGGCGAAAUUGGUGCGAUAGUUCAAGGAUUUGAAUUAAUGGUACGUCGGACUUUUUUUCGAUUCACAAGCAGCGUUUGAGGGUCGCGUUACGUGAAAUUUGAAUUUUAUCCACAUUGUUCGCAAGUUUUUUUUUUUUUUUUUUACAUUCCAUUAAUUUAAAUCGCAGCAUCGAAUCGGGAUGGAAAAAUUAUAUUGCGAAAUUAUAGUCGGUUAAAACGGCGAUAUAUGGACUGAUUCUAGCUAUUUGGUCGGAGAGCGUAUAACAUAUUAUAUCGUCUAUGAAAACGUGAGAUAUAUGUUGCGAAUCAAUAUAGGUAUAUAUAUAUAUAUAUACAUAUAUACAUGUAUAUUAAACUGAUCCAACUAAGCCGACUAUUUAUUUUCAAAGUCACAUGUUUAAUAUUUGUAGGAGGAGGAAAUAAGAAGCCAGUUAUAAUUCGAGCCCUUAAUAUUAACAUUUAGUAGUUCCUGAACGCAAUUUUCAUUUCCCAUUUAAUUAGCACGAGAAAAUAAUUUUAGUUAUUUCUGAAUUCUGUAGCUCAGUAGCAACGCAAUGUAUAUAAAUGUCCGAUAUAUAUUUUUGUAGGAAAUUUAAUGCUUCACAAAAACGCUUGUUAUAAUUUUUUGGUAACUAAACUCUUUCAAAAGUUAUUCAAGGUUCAAGUUGAAAUCAUGUGGAAAAUUGCAUUCAGUAACCGCUAUAUAUUAAUAUUAGGGGUCAAAUUAUAACAAGCGUCUUGUUUCCUCUUCCUAGAACUAUUAAACGUGUGACUGAAAAAAAAUAAGGUUUUUUCUUUUGGAUCAGUUUAAUAUACGUAUACAUAUGAAAGUAACACGCAGGUUAUGUAUAAAAAAUCGUGUUAAUCAAUCUAUAUCCCUAAGUUGUAUAAAUAUAUACUUAACUGUAUACAAAUGUAUAACAACGCUUUGUUAAUAUGAGCAAAAGAUAAUAUUCUUCCAAGACGUUCUUCCAAUAUUUAAAAACACUCUUCAUCACCUCUUUAAAAUGAAUAAUAUUUUUUAUAAUUGCCUAAUCAUUGUAAUCUUGCGAUCCGUUGAGUAUACACCCAAAUAUUUGUUUCGUGAGUGGUAUAAUAAUUCUGAAAUAUUCCACGGUCAGAGCUGUAGAUACACUUUCCUAAAAUUGCACCUGCAUAAUUUUUCAUGUUGCGUCAACUUUAAUCGGGUUUUUAAUUACGGGUUACAUUCAGAGGUUUCACACAAUACGAAAAAAUUAUCAAACAGGACAAUGGAUGAUUACUACUGUAGAUCAUCACGAAGUUUUGCUGUAUUUUUCGUCACAGAUCCUACAUUGUAUCUUUCGGUUUCGCGAUGACGAAUAAAACUCAUGAAAUAUAAUGAUUAAGGAAAUUCAUAACAAAUACUUGUAUUACGUUAUACUAAGUAAUUGUGAGCUGAUUUGUUAACAGACGUUGUUGAUCGCCCUUUAAAAAAAAGGCAAUCACUAACUCGAUAGCUUGGAAUUUUUUAUUCGAGUGAAUAUUGGACUGAGACCCACGAGCGGAUUAACGUCAACAGGAAUAAGAGCUACUGCUGCCAUGUGAAAUUGAGUAGUUGGUAUUUCGCCUGAGCCCCUCUAACGAGAAGGGCUAUUUUGUUCUGAGAUCCGGCAGGGGUUUGUUAGCUUGCAAUCAAAGCCUAAUAAGGUAAAUUUGGCAAAUAAAUCUCUCUCUCUCUCUCUCUCUACGCUCGUAACAAUCGCACACUGUACAACAUUUUAACCUUGUAGCAGUAUGUAUAUAUUUCGGGUAUGUUAUAUAAUGUUUACCUGCGCCAAGACUCAAUUGACCGAGCUUUUUGAUCGUAAUUACUAGUUACACAAACUGUUGGCUAAUCAAUUGUCACAGACCGCUGUAACAUUCAACUGUGAUUGAAUACCUACAAUUACUAACAAUUAGAAAGGAAUACUUUUGGCACAGGCUGCGAUGUGAAAAUUCACAUCGCCACCAGUUUCUCACAAAUUUAUACCCGACUUCCGAAUUAUUAUGUAGUUUGAUACUGCUUGGGAAUUUAUUAAGUAAUUCGCAAUUAUAACUCGAAAUUGAAUUUGACGGUCAUCAAUUCCGACGAGAGUGAAGCGGUUUAUAUUCAAUGUGAAGUUUGUUUGCUCGUAGGUCAAUGAUCAUUAUUCAUACAAUUUCAAAUUACUAUUAUUUUAGCGCAACGGAACUUUCGAUGCAAAAACAUACAAUAUUGUGUUGGGGAACGGACUUUGAAGUAUCCAUUGGAAAAUAGAAUUUGAUUCGUAUUACCGUUGAUCGUACAAAGUAGAAAUUUUAUAAUUUAUAUGACGAACGAUGACAAGAAAUUUCGUUAAUUUCUUCCAUCUAAACUUUGUUAAUUAAUUUUACAAGGUUGUUUGAUAAUUAUUAUAAUAAGCACGGUGUCGUGACAAUAAAUAUUUGCUAAUAGUUGAUACGUAUAGUUGUUCGAGAAUAGGAAUUAAGGAAUAACGGUUUAAUAUCGUCUCAUAAUGAACCAAAGAAAUCUACGGUCCUUCACAGUCGGCAUACCUAUCUAUACGCCGAUGAACGUGUUUUAAGUUGUGAGUAAAAAAAAAAAAAA